AUGACCCAGGAUCAGCUCCUCUGCGCUCUGAAGAAGGAUGUUCGCUCGCUGCUCAUUUCAGCCAAGCAUGGCCUUGCUCCAGAGCAGCUCAAGAAGGACUACCAGAACAUGCUGGGACACCCAAUGCCCCUCAAGGUUCUGGGCUUCCGCAGUGUUUUGGACAUGGCCAAAGAAAUGCCUGAUGUUGUGCGCUUGGACUAUGCUCUCGACGGCAGCGCAGUGUUAAAAGCAAUUGGAGAUGAGACCACAAAAGGCAUUGAAGAGCUUGUCUCCAAACAGCGUGACCACAGACCUAAAUCCUCCGCUAAAAGAGGCUCAGUGGGCAUUUUCCCAUCCCGUUUCCCACAGCACCACCACACGUUCAUCCUCCCUCGCCGUGGCCGCGCCCCCCCUGCCCUGCCUGCGCAGCUGCGCACCCAGCUCCGGCAGCUGCUGUCCCACGGCCCCGUAGGGUUGUCUGAGCUGGAGACGCGGUACGCAGCCUGCUUCGGCAGGCCUCUCCAGGUCAUGCAUUAUGGCUUCUUCUCCAUUGCUGAGAUGCUGGCCGCUGCCUCGGACUUAAUUGCGGUGAGGCAGACUCGGAUGGGGUCGCAGCUGAUCCUGAAGGCCGCCCUCACUCCCGUCAAACAGAUGCCCGCUCUUGCUGCAGCUUUCUCAAAAAAGUCUGCAAGGAUGUCAAGCUCCCCUACCAGACCGACAGCUUUAAAAGAACAAGCAGUGCUCAGCAAGACUGACAUGCAGGACCGCCUUAAGGAGGCUGCAGCUGUCAAAGUGCAGGAAGCUAAACCAGCCGCCAGUGUUCCAGAGCCUCUGCAGGAUCAGCAGUCGUUUGAGAAGUCUGUUGCAAAGCUUGAGGAACAGUUCAAGCAGAGGAUUCUUGAAAAUGGGGAUGCAGGCACAGUCAGCCAAGAGCUGAAAGAUAAGCUUCGAAAGGUUGUGGCAGGACACAGUCAGGGAAUGUCCAUUCACAACCUUCCUUUAGAGUACAAGAAAAUGUAUGAUGAGGAUCUGCCUGUGGCCCAGUGUGGCUUCCUGAGCGUGACUGAAAUGGUUGGAGCCCUCAGUGACACGUUCUACCUGCAGCCAGGAUCAGAGGAGGGAGCAAAGCACUUACUCAUCAUGGAGCUCAAACAUGAUGCGCAACCAGUGUUUGUCUGUUUGCCAGCCUUGUCACAAAGUGACGAACGUCUGUCAUCACUGAAUCCUUCCAAUGAGGGCUACUACUUCAGCUGCAGCAAGUCAGCCUGGGAGCAGGAAGACGAGGGUGGCGAAACUGCAGAAUCUUCAGAAUCUGAUACUGAUUUCAGGAUCAUCAACAAGACCAUCCAUCAGAUGGUGGACAUAUUUCCAGUGACGAUGCUGAGUCGUGGCUCAGGGGUUCCUCUGGAUGCGUUGCAGUGCCAGAAGCUGAAGCCUCCUACCCGCAGGAAAGACAGGGAGCUGGUGCCUGUCCUAGUGGAGAGGACUGAGUCGCCCAGCCUCUUCUAUGUCCGUUUUGAUGAGAACCAGGAGGCCAGGACCCUGGAGAAUAUGAUGAUUGAAAUGAGGAGCUGUUACACAUGCCCAGAGGUUACUGAGCGGUACUGGCUCCCAGAUGCUUAUGUUCGGCCUGGCCAGGUGUGCUGUGUGGCCCCCAGAGACAUGUGGUUCUACCGUGUGGUCAUCCACCAGGUUCUCAGUACCACUGAGGUGGACGUGUACUAUGUGGACUUUGGAGACCUCACUACCGUCAGUAGAAACAGCCUCCGGUUCCUCAAGUCAUGCUAUGCUGAGCUUCCAGCACAAGCUGUUCCAUCUGUACUUGCUGGAGUCAAGCCAAUAAAGGGCACUUGGACUAAGGAUGCCACCAACACUUUCCAGAAGCUGUGCUGUGAGCACACCCUAGUGGCUGCAGUCCACAGCUACUUGGAGGACUUCCUGCUGCUCUUCCUGUGCGACACCCACACUGAAGAGGACAUCUACAUCCACAGUGCACUUCAGGCUGAGGGCCAUGCCAUAGCCUGCUCUCCUGCUAGCACACCGGUGUUAGCGCAGUUCAACCCCAUAACCCUUUACCUUGGAGAGGACCAGCUGGAGGAAAUAAAAGAACAUUUCACUCCCUCCCUGGGCAUCACAAAUGGACAAAACCUAAAUGAUCGGCCUCAGCAAGCUCCUUCCACAGUUUUGACAGAUGGUCUAGAGAAUCAGCAGCCCGGCAAAGACACAGAGGAUCUUCCGGAACUUCCUGAGCUGGAGUUCAUUAAUGUGGCUCAGGGUGAAAAGGCAAACCCAUUUGGGGCAUUGCUGACUAAAGACCCAGCUUGCCUUAAUAACUGGGACCCAGGGUGGACUGACAAAAGCAGUGCAGAUGAUGAGUCCAAACCUGUUCUGAGCUGCCAAGAGGACACUGCAAAUUCUGUGUUGCUCUCGUCUGCUCCAUCUGUCAAACUGACCUCAGAACCACAGCCAUCUUGUGGGGACACUGAACAAGCCCAGCCAACUGCUUCCACCCUGUGGACCCUCAGCCUCCACACUCCAGGCAUGAUCCACAGCUGCGGAGGCCACACGGACAUGUCUGCUGAAAUUUUCCACUCACCACCUUCCAGCCUUAUAUACCCUGCAUUUAACACCGGAAAUAGUCUGGAUCCUGAUGCCCUCUUCCUCCGCCACGCCAGCCCCCUAGCCCUGCGCCCAGCUGCCCGCAUGGCAGCUGGAUCCAGCUUCUUCCACUGGUACCCACACAAACGGGCCUGA